GCUCAUAGAUGGCAGCACUUACAACCAGUAUUGAUUUUUACCCCAUGAGACUCCGCCACUCGUCGGGAGAAAUCAAUAUUUGUUGUGAAUUUCAUAUGAAAGCUGCAUCACAGGUUUUCCCCUUACAUAAACAUCAUAACAGAAGUUUACAAUAGUUAUACGGUUAAUUCAGUUGUCACAAUGAAGUAAUUGCAUUGAAUAGUGAACUGUGCGUUAACAAACCCCGCUAUUUAGUGUGACCUUAAUAGCGACGUAUUGGGAAAUGCAAUAGAGAGUGAUCAAGAUUCACGGAAGCGUGUUUGUUAUUUCGCUUGCCAGUUUAUUUGCUGCUUUAUUAUGCGUUCACUCGCUACUGUGCACGGGGUGGAUCCCUGUGAACUAGGUCUACCGUCGGGUAUACAACAGGCCGACGGCGCCGAUGCCGACAUGGCCGGCGCACAGGACACCAUUUACCUAUGCAACUUCCGCGUCUCCGUCGACGGAGAGUGGUUAUGUUUGAAGGAACUGCAUGAUAUGGAAAUGCAGGAUUCAUACAUACGCCCUUCUGAGAACAACGGAGCCAUAACAUCACCUGACGAUCCCAUGCACUCUUUGAUGGCUCGCGACCCAGUAGUGAUAGAGCGCAGUAAUCUUGUAAACAUCUCAAAGUUGAUCGUGAAGGAGUUAAUUGAACAAUCGCUCCGCUAUGGAAGGAUGCUAGAUAGCGACCACUUGCCAUUACAUCACUUCUUUAUUGUUCUGGAACACGUUAUGCGUCAUGGACUCAAGCCAAAGAAGGGACUUCUCGGCCCUAAGAAAGAAUUGUGGGAUAUUCUUCAAAUGGUUGAAAAAUAUUCACCAGAAGCAGCUGACAUUACGGCGAGUGUUAGAGAUUUACCAACAGUCAAAACUGCCAUGGGCCGCGCUCGCGCGUGGCUGAGAAUAGCACUAAUGCAAAAAAGACUCGCGGAUUAUUUGAGAAUCCUCCUAGAACAUCGUGAGGAAACUCUAGAGGAGUAUUUCGAGCCUCACGCUCUUAUGCUAAACGAGGAGGCAGUUAUUAUCACCGGUCUUUUAGUCGGAUUGAAUGUUGUGGAUUGCAAUUUGUGUGUUAAGGAAGAAGAUCUGGACAGCCAACAAGGCGUAAUAGACUUCUCGCUCUAUCUCCGCGGAAGCAAUUCGUCUCACGAAUUGACCAAUAAUGAUAACAAUACCAUCAACGAACCAAAGCAGCGCCACAUCAACACUAUGCUUGAUCAAAAGAACUAUAUCGAAGAGCUAAAUAGACAUCUCAAUGCAACGGUAGCAAAUCUGCAAGCCAAAGUGGAAAGCUUGACCACGACAAAUGCACUCAUGAAGGAAGAUUUGGCGAUCGCCAAAAACAGCAUGUUACAAUUCGUCGAGGAAAAUAAUCAACUGAAACAUGCCUUAGGCCAGGAUAUAACGAAGGACAGUAGGAUGAAAGUGACAGAACUGCAAGCGGAUGAAGAGGAGAAACGUAGCGUCGUAAGCACAGCUUCGGAUAAAUCUAAAAAUGAAAAGGAAAGCGAGCUUGGUAGAGUAUUGGAGGAAGAGAAAAAGAAAAAUGCUGAACUACAGAAAGAAUUGGAUUUACAGAUGUCACUGAAGGCGGAAAUGGAGGUGGCAAUGAAAUUGUUAGAGAAAGACAUACACGACAAACAAGAUACAAUUAUAUCACUCAGAAGACAGCUUGAUGAUAUUAAACUAAUAAAUCUUGAGAUGUACAAAAAGUUACAGGAAUGUGAAAGUUCCUUGAAACAUAAAACAGAGCUAAUAGCCAAAUUGGAAGCAAAGACUGAGUCGAUGGGAAGCACAAUACAUCAGCUCGAUGAGAAGUUACAAGAAGACAGAGCUGCAAGAAAGGACCUAGAAGAAAGUGCACGAUCAAUGGGGCAGAAGGUGGCUGCGGCUGAGAGCAGAGCCGUCGCCGCCGAGGGAGACUUGAGGAUAGAGCGGGAGUGGAGAAUAUCACUACAGGAAUCAAUGGUGCGGGACAGAGACAAAAUAUCCAUGCUCACACAAGAAUUAGAGUCGUUUAAAUCUAUUGGACAGAAAUAUUUAAUGUUACAAGAAGAACAACAUCUUCUCAAAACUCAAUACAACGAAGCUCAAAAAACAUUAGAAGAAGUAGGAGCUACGUUAAGUGAGAACAAAUUACAGCUUCAAGAAUUACUGGAAAAAGAAGCAACAGCCAGCGUUGAUGAAACACCAACGUGGGCUAGUGAUAAAGACGCGACUGCCUGUACUGCAUGCGCUAAGGAAUUCACCAUUGCGAGACGAAAGCACCAUUGUCGACGUUGCGGACACAUAUUCUGCGGUGCGUGUAGCGAGAAAACCGUAGCUCUUGCCGGCAAUACGAAACCCGUUCGGGUAUGCGACGCUUGCUAUGCAGAAGUGAGACUUACGUAAUACUAGAUAGAGAUUACUUUAGGUACCAAAACCUGCCCAUAUGGGAAGAGAGAGUACGAAAGGGAGUUAGAAUAGGUUGAAGGAGGCAAUCGGAGGAAAAGGUUCAUAGUUCUAUUCCCAUUUAGAAAAGCUGUUAAGACUGCCGAGACCAGUAUGGAGUGCAGAACUGUUAAAACCAAAGCGAUUUUGUCAUUUAGUUUGCAUAAUGUAUCAACAGUCAAUUCUUCGUUAGUUUUACACCAUCUCUCGUAGAAUCUGCCACAAUUUGAAUUUCCUAUGAUUUUAUUGCAACUGCUAUUCUUGUUAUUAUAAACACAUCUAUAAUGCGCUAACUACCACAUUCGGCCCCAACAAUCCUUCGCAGGGCACAGUCUUUCCGCUACUGCGUAAAAUCCCACGGUCCUAAAUCUUCCUCAAAAAACGAUAUCGCCAAAACGUCAAUUUCCAAAACUAAGUUUAAACUUGAAAAAGCUUGGUUUUGACAUGAUGAUUGUGGUGUAUAUACUGCCCAUAUAUGAUAAAUAUACUAAAAUCGUUGUCUUGUACAGUCACUAUGAAGUUUCAUGUUAUUAAACAAAAAUCAGUGAAACUUUAAAGCAUAAUAAUGACUAUAUUCGAUUUUCCCAUAACUUUAUACAAAUUUUAAAAACGACAUUCAAUUGACGUUUGUAUAGCAAUAGUAGAAGCAAUUUAUAAUUCUGAUUAAAUCAUUCGUGAAUAAAAUGUUAUCUAUACCUGUAUCAUUUGCCCACAACUUCCCACCAAAAUUACGAACUGUAUAAAGUCAAUAACUGUAUACAAUAAACGGGAAUUGUGUGUAAUUCGACUUUAUUUAAAUGUUUGUGUAUAUUUAGUGUAAUGACCAUUUUACAAUGAAUGUCCAAAUUGAUAUUUUGUUCUGAUGCUGUUGACAUUGAAAUGUUUAUGUAUAUAUGUGUAUGUACAUUAUGUGAGUAAGUAUGUAAUUAAAUGAUUAAAUUACCAUUAAUUAAAUUUGCAUAUGAAAUAUUAAGUAUUUUAUUAUAUUAAAUGGAAGUAAAGGACGGUUAUUAGAAUUGUGUUAAUGUAAUUAUUACGAUCUUUUUGGUUAUUUGAAAUAUAU